CGAAGUCUCCGAAUUUGAGAUGUACUGUGGUUCUCAAUUGGUGUGGAUGCGUGCUGAAAAUGGAGAUGUUCCACCUGGUGCAGUGUCAGCUGGAACCACAUGCGAUGGCGAGGAGGCCUUUGUGGGUCGCGCUAGAUUAGGACCUUGUGGCGAGGAUAUAAUCAUUGGAAAGGUGCUUCCAAGUCAAGGAGCUUGCUUCGUGCCAUUCGGCGGCAAAGAGGAGGCCAAAACAGAUUACGAGGUUUUGGUUCUAGUGCAAUAA